AUGUCUUUCUUAAACAAGUUCAAAAAGGAGUUUGAGGGGCUCAAUCUCGGCCAACAGCAAGCUGGCGCUCCUCCUCCACCACCUCCAGCAAGCGCGCAGAAUUAUCAGCCAAAUUACCAGCCAUAUGGAAACACACCUCAUCAGCAUCAAUAUCAGGGCCCCCAAAGCUAUGAAGGACAGCCGCCAUAUUCGGGGCCACGGCAGUCUUACCCUAUACAGGAUCAGCAUGAUUCCAGAUACCAAACUCAUAACGCGCAGCAGUCACAGCAGUUUUCGGGACACCAGCUCUAUUCCCCACAACCACUAAGUUACAAUUCCCCAUCUCCGGCUUCACAUCCACCACAACACCAGCCAUGGUCACCGUCACCAGCUCCAACUCCAGGCCCCCCAGGCAGUUACCCAGUUGAUCCGCCUCCUGUGGUGGCCGCUGCUCCGGGGCAAAGCGGCCCUCCCUGUCCCACGCCCCCUCGUUGGGUAGCCCACUGGUCGGCAAAGGAUAAUCAAUGGUACUAUGCCGAGACUACUGGACGUACCAUGUGGCAAUCCCCGUCUGAUCUCCCGCCGCUAGAUAGUAUGCCAGCUUAUCCAGGCAGUCUUCAUGCUGCGGACAGAGGUCACGAAGGCCAGAAUUUGACUCAUCCUCCGCAGCCGCAAUAUGCCAACCCGGAAGACUCACGACCGAGUCUUCAGAAUGAAGGGAAGAAGUCUUCUUCACAGACAAUGUUCGCCGCAGCCGGUGGUUUCACAGCGGGCGGUGUAGCUGGAUAUUUUAUAAAAGAUCGCAUUGAUAAACGCAAGGCAAAGAAGCGCCAUGGCCGCGAUGCCGCUGACUUCGCCGAUUUUGCCGAGUAUCCUGCAUGGGAAGUCAACAUCAUCUGCAAUGUCUGCGACCAAACCGUCAGUGGCCCCUACGCGCAUUGCAGCAAGUGUGACGACGGAGAUUUCGACAUCUGCCGUGAUUGUCUCGCCCAAGGCCUGACCUGCGAUGGGAAAGGGAAGCAUAACCUUGCCAAGGUAUACCCCAAGCGUUAUUGUGACGUCUGCGAUCACCUGAUCAAGGGCGAGUUCUUCCAUUGUGGUGUUUGUAACCAUGGGGAUUGGGAUACUUGUAGGGGGUGCUUUGAUAAGGGGUAUACUUGUAAUGGUGGAAAGAAGGGUCAGCGGCAUGAGUUGACAAGUCUCUAUAUUCCGGACGUCAAGUUUAGGAAGGGCGGCUCCAGGGCGGAUAGUAGCUCGGACUCUGAUUGA